AUUCGGUAUCCACUCUGUGGCUGGACCGUGGGACGGUCACGCAUACGGCGCGUGUCGCAUAGUAUUUUCGGAAUUCUUUAUUUGUUUUAACAGUUUAAUUUGUGUUUAUCUAUUGAUGUUAUCACACGUGGCGUUCUCUUGCAGUUAGCGCUAGAAUUACCUGUAUACUUAUCGAAUAAUCGUCAGUGGUUUAAUUACUUAAUUUACGGCUUGAAGACAUGAACAUUUGAGCAGCUCGCAUCGUAUUGCAUCCUAUAACUCAGUUACACUAAUAAGGAAUUUCCGUGCCGUUAUACCUUACCGAACGCAAACAUGGUUGUGCUGAGGCGUCUCGUGCCGCUGGCGAACAAUGGACUGCGGAAUAAAGGAAAUCCGUUCCGGCCUCUGCUCUCCUGUGCCCCCGUGGCCAUGGUGGGCUGGGACCGCGGCGCGCACUCCCAGGACAUCACCAAGAACAUCCAGUACAUCUCCAGCGAGAAGAUGAAGCUCACCGCCGACCCUAACACUAUGAAACUCGACAAGCAGAUCAACCGGCCCCUCUGCGUGAUGAUCAACUGGCUCCUCGCACGUCAGAAGCACGUGAUGAAAUACGCCACCUUGUACCUGGAGCAGGGGUUCGACGUGCUCAGCGUGUCGUGCACGCCGUGGCAGCUCAUGUGGCCUGUUAAGGGAUCACAGUUGGUAGCGGGUGACCUGCUGAAAUUCAUCACCGCGAACGAGGCCCAUUCGACGCUGACAGUGCACGGGUUCUCCGUCGCGGGCUACCUGUGGGGCGAGUUGUGCGUCCACGCCCUCAGGGACCCCAAAACUUACCAACCCGUCCUGGAUCGCGUGUCGUGCCAAGUGUGGGACUCUGCGGCUGACAUCAGCGAGAUCACCAUCGGGGUUCCCAAGGCCGUGUUCCCCAAGAACCACAUCAUGCAGAAGACCCUCAGGGCCUAUAUGGAAUACCACAUGAAGGCCUUCCAAGACGCGGCGACGCGCCACUACGUGCGCUCAUCCCAGAUGUUCCACACCAACCCGUGCCGCGCGCCCGCGCUGUUCCUGCUGUCCCGCUCCGACCCCGUGGGCGCCGAGGCCAGCAACCGCGCCGUCCGCGACAGCUGGGUCGAGAUGGGCACCAAGUGUACCUGGAAGUGCUGGGACAAGUCCCCGCACGUGCAGCACUACACGCACCACCCGAAGGAGUACUUGGCCGCGUUGUACGAGCACCUCGACAAGUACGGACUCGUCUCGCAGCCCGAGAAGAUGCGCAUGCGGUUAUAACUCGAGGGAAACUGAACCUUAUGCCCAGGAAAUAACGCCUAAGCUAACAACGUGA